AUAAUAAGAAAGCAUUCAUACUAGAUAAACAUCAAUAAUCAUCACAUAAGCAUCUAAACUAAAAGCAUCCAUAUAGACACAUGAUAGACAAUGUAAUUUAUAAGCAUAAACACAAGCAUCGUAUGAAAUCAUGGCAAUAAUACAUAAAAAGAUAAACGAGUUCACAUUCCUACACAAUUAAUUUCGAAGCUACACAUAGAAGAGUAGAAGGGACCACCUCUCUUUAGCUACACCAUCACCUACGAAUGCUAAGUUCUCAAUCGAACAGGUGCAUACAAAAGUUUUGAAUGGAUUUGCUGGUUCUUGCACUUCUUUGGGUCGAGUCUUCUUUCAUGGGCUCCUUUAGGCUCUACUCGUGGUUUCUAGUAGGUUUCUUCGUCAUUGGAUCUCUUCUUUUACAUGAAAACUUCAUAUUCUGCUCUCUGUAGCUCCUUUUGUCCUCGAGAAUCAUCCAAUUUUAUACCCAAGUUCUCCUAGGCUUUAUUUUACUUUGAAAAAUACAAAAAACACACCAAGAAAGCAUAAAAGAAAAGAAUAAUUACUAUAAAUAAUGCUAUUGAUAAAAUAGUUAUGGUUUAGAUAUAAAAUAUAUACGAGAAGAGAAAAAGAAUAGUUAUUAGACCACAUGUUACGGAAGAUUAUCUAACACCAUUCUAUAACCGUUAUUGAAAUACACUAUGUAAAACUUAUGAAGGAUGACGAGAUAGUUUCUUAUAUAUCAAUCAGACAAACAUAUUACAUAAUUCUUUCGUAAUAAUUAAGACACCAAUAAUUAAGACACCAAAGUGUUUUUAUCAUCAGCUUCACCGUGGUUGAUGUAAACCCAAUAAAUGAAUUGUUUCCUUAUCACCUAAUUGCUCUCAUUCUUAAUAUUCUUUGGUAUCUCUUAAAAGUUAUAAGCCUGGCCGGCAAAAGUACAACGCCAACAAACACAAAAAAUUAGAUGGGCGAAUCAUUCAUUCAUUCAUAAAUAAACAGUAGGAAAGCCCUUCUAGCUAGCUCCUCUCUGAUGCUCCUACGUAGCUUUGAGUGCACUAUAUAUCAAAGCAGGAGAAAUGGAGAUCAGAGAGAUACGAUGAAAAAGCUGGUAGUAGUCGCCACAAAAUAUCCAGUAGGAGGAGUGGUUUUGGCACUUUUAGCCAUAUUAAUCAUGGCAAAUCCUUCUUCCCAGCAGGACCGUACAAAGGUCGAUCUGAAGAAUGCGUUGAGCGGCAAGAAGUUGAUAGCCCAUUGUCGAUCCAAAGACGACGAUCUUGGCGCCCAGCUCGUUGAAGAGGACACUUCUUUUCAUUGGAGUUUCAAGACUCUUUUGUUGGGCACGACGCUGUAUUGGUGCAACCUGGCCGUAGAAGAUAGACGUCUUUCUUUCACUGCCUACGACGAAGACGAUGACGAGAUUCGAGGUUAUACUGUUCGUUGGGUUGUGAGGGACGAUGGAGCUCAUCUGGUGCUGCGUUCGGAUCAUGAGGAAGAAGCUAUUGCCCGACAGAAGUGGAGAAGGAUUUAAUUUCUUUUCCCCCCGACACUAGCUAGGAAUGGAUGAUGCAUUAUUCAUGCGCCUGGCUUUGUUAUUGUCUUCAUAAUUAUGCUUCUUUAAAAAAAAAACAAAUUCAAGUUGAUGAAACCAAACGGCUUAUCACAUAUAAAAAGAACUAAACUCAUAACUCGAAUGGAAGAGAAAAGCUCUAGUACGAAUCUCAUACCACGUUUUUACACCAUGAGCACGUGAACAUACUGAGAAUCACUUCCAUAAUGGUGUUUGUAAUAUGUUCGUGCAUCAAAAGUACGUUAAGAUGACAUUUUUAAAUGUUGAUUAAGUACAUGGAACAAUUAGAAGUGUUCGUAUUGCCUGAAAAUGAAGGAAAUAUAUGUAAGUUGCUUAUGUCCAUUGUCUUGACUUAUUGAUUUUCUCAUGACUUCGCUGACAGGUGCAUAUAUUUAUAAUUAAUUAAUUUUAAUUUUUUGAUAUAGAUUUUUCAUAUUUAAUUAAUUAAUUUCGAUUAUCAAAAUUAAUUUCGAACGAUCAAUUAAUUUUAAAUUUCGUGAAACAAAGUAACUCUUAAAAAGGAAACCUAUUUUUCACAACAUAAGUCUAUUGCUACUAGAAUUAAGUUUUAAUUUGUUCUUUUUUAUAUAAGGAUUUAUAUAUUAAUUGAAUAUAGGCCACAAGUUAGAGAGGAUUAAUAAAUAAUUUAUGUUCUAAUUUGUUCUUCAUCUACCUUUCUUUUCUGUAUCACAAAUACAUAACUCAGCAAGUUGCCGCUUCAGAUUUCUGGUGAAGCGACUUCUAUUAGUGAUUCGUCUAAUCUUACCGAAGAUCGUAACUGCGACAAAAAAAAGCAUUCUAAGAAGAGUUAUCAAACUCACGCCAUCAAUCCGUUUGUUUGAUCAUUCGGUAAUCAAGAGCUAACUAGUAUCAUACUAAUUAUUAUCGUGGAAAAAAAAAAUCUAGCUAGUACUAAGAAUGUCAAAUCGACACUUCAGAGACAGGGGAGGAAAAUCCUGGUAAUGAAAAACUGGUAAGCAAGAACGUGCGACGAUCUAAACUCAGCGAAUGUGGUGAAAGCUCAGCUGGUAAUUCUGUGGAUAUGAGAUUAAUUUUGGUAAUUCUUUCCAAAAGAUUCCUCCAUAGAUAGUUCCAUUUUUUUUCAAAAAUGAACUGUUGUAGCUCUCUAUCUAGUCUCAGUCUCGGUUGCCAACUUGCCAUAAACGAACACAAAUACGUGGUAUGGCCUCGAAGAAAAUGGCGGAUUACAAAAGAGCCAAAGAUACGUCAAAUAAGAUUUCGAAUUCCCUGCGCCAAUAAUGGGCCAAGGGUUUAUCAUCUUAUCGGCACCCUUUGUCUGCUUCAUAAUUCUCCAUAUAUUAUUCCCCAGCCCAUACUUCCAUUCAGAAAAUUUUCUCAAGUGACGAGGACUUCUCUUUCAGCUGCUGCGGUCGUCUUUGUUGGUUUUCUUGGUUCUUACCACAGCAUUUAUUCUACGUUAUGAGAGAUGGAGACGAGGACCAUUAAAGCCUAUCCAUUUUCCCAGAUAAUUCUAGAGCUUUUUAGAAGGACAGAUUACCAUUCUUAGCAACUUCUUCCCUCUUCCAUUUUUAUCAUAAUCAAGUGAAUCCAAUAAUGUGAAUUGUGAGAU